CGGCUCUUAUUUCAAUCUGUCUCUGUUCGAGGAAAAUAAGGAAUGCAGCUUUUUUUAGACAAUACGGAGUAUCUCGAUGUUUAUUUUUAGACGUGCAGUAUUUAACGUUGGUGCUGUAUGACUGUCCGUUUAUCUCUCUAUGAAGCACCAUUUUUCUAGACUAGGAUUCUUACCCUCCAUCUUCCCUUAUCUCUGGUGAUUCAACAUGGUAUAAUGUGAUACAGGAACAUCAAUGGCACCAGUGAGAUAAAGCAUGGGAUUGCCCACCGGAGACAGGAACCACACUCCUAUUCCUGAGGUUGAGGUCCCUGGCCCCAGAGGGCCACAUGAAAGACGGCUAGAAGCUAGCUCUGAGGUAAAUUGUGGAGCGGGCCUGAAGGGCAUCAUAACUAAACUUGUCCUUUCUGCACAUUGUAGAUCCAGCCUGACAGGUAGUAAUGGAGUCUGAGGAGACGGAGCUGAGAGAUUGUGAUGAGGCCUUUGAGUCAGAAGAGGGCGAUGUGGAGCCAUACCUGGAGGAGCCGGCGAGCUGCAGGGAGCUCCUAGAGAGGCUCAGGGAGCUGGAGGCUGAUAAUUCAGUCCUGGCCCUUGCGAAUGAGAGCCAGAGAGAGGCGUAUGAAAGGUGUCUGGAUGAGGUUGCCAACCACGUGGUACAGGCCCUUCUGAGUCAAAAGGACCUGCGGGAGGAGUGUAUUAAGUUGAAGAUGCGUGUGUUUGACCUGGAGAGACAGAACAGAACUCUGACUGAACUCUUUGCCCAGAAACUACACCCCCAGGAUAGCUCUCUGCAACAGUUGCAGUUGGUGUCUGUCCCAGAGCAGGGCACAGAGCCCCUGACCAUGGACAGUGACAAGCUGCUGGUGUCCCAGAGUCAAAGGGAACUCAAGAGCAAUGGGGACCACACACAGAACGGAACAGCCGGCUUGGCCCUGGCCCCUGCCACCUCCAUAGAGGCCCUGUCUCCGUUCUUCAAAAAGAAAGCACACAUCCUGGAAGUAUUGCGCAAGCUGGAGGAGUCGGACCCCCUCAAGUUCCACCCCUCCUCCUGCCUGUCCCCACACCACGACCUGGGUCAGGCGCUGGUUUCCAUGGAAAGAGACCAGAUGUCCCUGAUGUCCUCUGUGGGGUUACCCUCUUCUCAGCGCCUGGUAGCACAUCCCUCGUCACGCUGCCACUUCUCCAGCUCAGACAACCAUGAUUAUACCAACAGAGAAGGGGCUCUCCAGGAUGACCAUUCCCUGCACAAACAGCACCAGCACAGGGACUGCCAGUCCUGCCAAAUGCUCUCCCAGAAGAGUAGCCUGGACAGCCUGCUGAAGUGUGCCCAGGUCCACGGCGCCGCACACCCGGGCAGAGUGGAGAGCCUCAACGGGCAGGCCUGGGCAGAGGACCAGGGGGCGUUGACACAGAGCACAGGCCUUCCCCAGGCAGCAGCUCUCCCCCACCUCCUCUCUACUGGCAGCACAAGCCAGUGCUACAUGCACAAAACAGCAGUGGACUCUCUAGAGCAGCCUCCAGAACUUCUGGUUUCUUCUGAUCCAAUCUCCUCGCUAAUCCAAGCCAACCUCAACGGGAUGCUACGGAAGGAGACUAGGAACUUUCAAAGACACAAAGACAGGCAUCCGUUUGGCAAACUGCUGCCUCGGGCUGAGGUGCAACCCUCUCACAGUGAGGAUGUGAAGCACACGUCGCUGACCCAAAACAGGGACAGUCCGGAGGAGUGCUGCUACCUGGAAGAAGAGGCUGCAUCAGUGGCACACAAUGUGAACAACAGCCUGCACACCCCUACCUCACAUACAGACCCUGUUGCCACGGAGACGGACCCAGGGUAUCAAGAGGAGCAGGAAGUGAGCGAGCAGGAAGUGAGCGAGCAGGUCUGCAACGGGCUCUACUUCUCCUCCAAUGAGACGUCUGUCUGCAAGAAGGUGGCGGUGGAGUUGUACUCUCCAGCCCCGGUUCCCGAGAGGACCAGCUCAGCUGAGGCCCUGCCUCCCUCUGGCAAGAGCAAGCUUGCACUCAGCCCCACCUUUUCCACAGGCCUAGGUGAAGUCAAGCCCUCCCCCAUUUCCUCCCCAUCCCGGCUGCUCAAGUUCCUGAAGAUCCCGACGGGGAUGAACCAGGCACAACCAGGCAACCCCCUCCGUCUAAGUCCCCAGCUCACCCGCAGCUCCAAGAUCCCCUGCAGGAACAACAACAACUAUGAGGUGUACCACUCACCUGUCCUGACCCGCAAAGCCACCACCACGGAGAGGGAGAAGCAGCUGUCCUCAUCCCCCUACACUGCCACACACUCUGCCCCCACCUCGCCACCCAAGCCAGAGAACAGUGCGGGACCCCCUCCCACAGUCAAGGAGAUAGCUUUCAGCAGCCACUUUGCGCCCAAACCCAGCCACAGUACAAAGGCAGCCCCCUCCUCCUCUUCUCACACACAAAGGGGCUCUCAGAAGGUGGCUCACUACGAGAAAGUCUGCACGUCAGAUGGGACGCCCCAGUACCUCCCUUACACACAACCUGAGGGGCUUGUAGACAAGCAGCAGCAGGAGGAGAACCUCCUCAGCCACCCAUCUUCACAGCACCCUGACUCAUCCCCAGAACCAGAUGACCAGGACACUGACCAGGACACUGACCAGGACACUGACCAGGACACUGACCAGGGCACUGACCAGGGCACUGACUCAGAAAGCCCUGUCUGGCACAAACCCCACCAACACUUCAGCCUACCCUCCUCGUACUCCGCCGCUGCUAGUAAAGCACACAGUAGUCGCCCCAGCUACUCCAGCAUGAGGAACAGGCACCAGGAGCACCAUGCAACUCUGGAGCCCAGUCAGCCAAUCUGUGAACCCCCCCAGCCAACCCAGUCUGCAGCCAGGCAAGGUGACCGGUCGCCUGGGUCUUCCACCCCCAAGAGGCUGGUGCAGGGAAAACCCCAGAGUGAGUCCAGUCACCACCCAUUCAAAGAGCGCCUGGCUGCUCUGGGGAAACUGAAGAGCACAGAGAACCUGCCAGUAGGCGCACAGCCCAUGGACAAGAAGGAUGCACAAAGUAAUGUGGGUAAACCCCCCACCAACAAUAUUGAGAAAAGCAAGACUGCUGAAAGGCAAGGCGAGAGAACUGGGACAGAGCAGCACAGACAUCAGAAAUACACUGAUUCCCUGGAAGGGAAGCAAUACCCCAAAACCAGCCUCUGCAGUCACCCCAGGGUGCCAGGUCAAAUACAUGAAUCAGGCGCCAAAUCAUCAGCUACCCCAUCAUCCAUACCCAAAGCAGAGCAGGAGUCAUCAUUCUCUCCCCGGAUAUAUGUAGCGAAAGCAGAUGGUCCAAAGAUCAAGAUGGGCACAUUAUCCUCCAAUACAGAGACCUCUUCCGUGGUUAGGAGCUAUGGGAAGUGCCCCAUCACCCGGAGCCACCACAGUAAAACUACCCCUAGCCCUCAAAACAGCCCCACUAAAGUUUCCUCAAAGUCCCCUUCAAAGGUCGGCAAGGCUUCCUCUUACCCCCGAGGGGUCAGGCCUGCUCACGAGGACCGUGCCCUGGCUCAGAGACACCUGCCCAGGCUGGAGGACAAAAGCAAACUCCUGGCCAGCAAGAAGAAGACCUUCGUCCAUGCAGAGAGCUUCCCGCCUCCUCCUCCUCUGCCACCGCGGUCGUCUACUGAAGCCAUCAUGAAAAACGACAAGAAGCAGUACUCGUCCGGCCCACCAGUGCCCCAGUCGGCCAUCGAGCAGAAAGUAAUGCGUGGCAUCGAGGAGAACAUGCUUAAGCUGCAGGAGCAGGACCGGGGCCAGUUGGUUGAGCCCAAGCAAAAGGCUUCCAACGGCAUCGCCAGCUGGUUUGGCCUGAGGAAGAGCAAGCUCCCCGCCCUCAGCCGUAAACCAGAAGUGUCCAAGCUCAAGAACAAUAUGUCAUCCUCUCCUUCGUCGUCCUCUGCCUCCGGCGGAGGGGCUAAGGACUUUAAAUCAGGUGGGCCCCGGAAGGUGGUGGAGAGCCUGAACAUCUCCAUGCUGAUGGAGAAGGCAGAGGACCUGCGGAAGGCAUUGGAGGAGGAGCGGGCAUAUGUGAAUGGGGUCGGGAUGGACCGCUCCGGCAGGGGCCACUCCUGUGAGGUGGUGAUGGACCAGGCCCAGGGCCAACUGUCACUCAUGUACAGAGGAGUGACCGCAGACAACUUCAUGCAGCAGCUCCUCAACAGUCCCUCGACGUCUUGUUCUGGAAACAGGGUGGACGAGAGGGGAGCUAUACCUACCACCUUUGGAAUGGCACACAGACGCCUCUCCUUUGACUCGAAGAGGUCGCGGCCCAUAUUCGGUCACCAGAGGGAUGGGAUCAGCCACACAAAGAGCAGGGACGAGAUGGACCAGGCUUCUGAAAUGAUUGGCAAGGAUGAGGUCACAUCAGACGAGAGCUUGGCAGAGUCCAUUAGUUCCCAGCACAUUACAGGUUCUGGUGCAUCCAUGCGUACCCUCGACAGUGGCAUCGGCACCUUCCCCAUGCCAGACUAUGCCAGUAAUGCAGCAGGGAAGAGCAUCACUAAGGGGAAGCCACAUCGAGAGCAAGGGUUUUCAGGCUCCCAGGCGAAACAUGGGGCCAAGAUGAAAGUUUUGCGGAAAGCCCAUACACUGGAGAGAGAGCUGUCAUCUCUGGAUGAAGUCAACCCAUCUAUCCUGUAUGGCUCAGGACUGGAGGGAAAAGGUCCCAACAUGCACCUGUCCAGCACCAUCCAUGAGGACAUUGAUGCCUACGGGGCUCAUAUGCAAAAUCCCCCAACCAAGGACUGGACCUUUCCCAACCUGAAAGGCUCUGCAGGAGUCAGUGAUGUUUUCCUGGAUGUGCAGGGAGACCCGGGCAGCCAGAGGACCCCCUCCAGAAGGAGUUUGAAACAGUGUGUCCCCCAGGGCCCCCUGGCUGCUGACCAAUGCAGCCUCCCCCUGCCACCCCAGACGGGGCUCAGCACACGGGGUAAGGGGAGGAUGCCCAGUGCCCCAGAGGUGGGGAAGGACGGAGGGCUGGAGCUGGUGAAGGAGAGACCAGAAGAUAUCAUGUCCCCGAGAGAGACGCCCGAAUCCCUCAGUGACUCCCUCUACGACAGCCUGUCCUCCUGUGGCAGCCAGGGCUGACAGGCCCAGGUCCCAUGAACAGAGAGGGGAGCAGAGAGAGAGACGGACCGACCGACACCCUUUAAACCCCUGCUAUGAGGCACACUCAUCCCUUCUUGUAGUGGUGGGGCCAGCCCCUGAGGCAGACGGAGUUGAAGUACCUCCUCCCUCUUCCACAUACACCUCUUUCUGCUGACCCUCUCUGUGUUACUGAGAUCUGGUUAAUACUGCUGGAAAACUCUCCCUCAGGUUGACUGAUGUUCACAUGCAUAAUUUGAGGAACUAGGCUGAGAAUCGGACAUCGUUGUCCUCCAAGCAACAAGCAUCAUACGACAGACCAGCGCAACUCAAAUGUACACACAGACACAAAUACAGUUGAAGUUGGAAGUUUACAUACACCUUAGCCAAAUACAUUUAAACUCUGUUUUUCACAAUUCCUGACAUUUAAUCCUAGUAACAAUUCCCUAUCUUAGGUCAGUUAGGAUCACCACCUUAUUUUAAGAAUGUGAAAUGUCAGAAUAAUAGUAGAGAGAAUGAUUUAUUUCAGAUUUUGUUUCUUUCAUCACAUUCCCAGUGGGUCAGAAGUUUACAUACACUCAGUUAGUAUUUGGUAGCAUUGCCUUUAAAUUGUUUAACUUGGAUCAAACGUUUCUGGUAGCCUUCCACAAGCUUCCCACAAUAAAUGGGUUAAUUUUGGCCCAUUCCUCCUGACAGAGCUGGUGUAACUGAGUCAGGUUUGUAGGCCUCCUUGCUCGCACACGCUUUUUCAGUUCCCCCCACAAAAUUUCUAUAGAAUUGAGGUCAGGGCUUUGUGAUGGCCACUCAAAUACCUUGACUUUGUUGUCCUUAAGACAUUUUGCCACAGCUUUGGAAGUAUGCUUGGGGUCAUUGUCCAUUUGGAAGACCCAUUUGCGACCAAGCUUUAACUUCCUGACUGAUGUCUUGAGAUGUUGCUUCAAUAUAUCUACAUAAUUUUUCUUCUUCAUGAUAUAUUUUGUGAAGUGCACCAGUCCCUCUUGCAGCAAAGCACCCCCACAACAUGAUGCUGCCACUGCUACCCUUGUGCUUCACGGUUGGGAUGGUGUUCUUCGGCUUGCAAGCCUCCCCCUUUUUCCUCCAAACAUAACGAUGGUCAUUAUGGCCAAACAGUUACAUUGUUCUUUAAUCAGACCAGAGAACAUUUCUCCGAAAAGUACGAUCUUUGUCCCCAUAUGCAGUUGCAAACCGUAGUCUGGCUUUUUUAAUGGCGGUUUUGGAGCAGUGGCUUCUUCCUUGCUGUGCGGCCUUUCAGGUUAUGUUGAUAUAGGACUCGUUUACUGUGGAUAUAGAUACUUUUGUACCUGUUUUCUCCAGCAUCUUCACAAGGUCCUUUGCACUUUUCACACCAAAGUACGUACACCUCAAGGAGACAGAACGCAUCUCUUCCGAUGCGGUAUGACAUCUGCGUGGUCCCAUGGUGUUUAUACUGGCAUACUAUUGUUUGUACAGAUGGACUUGUGGUACCUUCAGGCGUUUGGAAAUUGCUCCCAAGGAUGAACCAGACUUGAGGAGGUCUACAAAAAAAAUUCUGAGGUCUUGGCUGAUUUCUUUUGAUUUUCCCAUGAUGUCAAGCAGAGGCACUGAGUUUGAAGGUAGGCCUUGAAAUACAUCCACAGGUACACCUCCAUUUGACUUAAAUUAUGUCAAUUAGCAUAUCAGAAGCUUCUAAAGCCAUGACGAAAUUUUCUAGAAUUUUCCAAGCUGUUUAAAGGCACAGUCAAAUUAGUGUAUGUGAACUUCUGACCCACUGGAAUUGUGAUUCAGUGAAUUAUAAGUGAAAUAAUCUGUCUGUAAACAAUUGUUGGUAAAAUUACUUGUCAUGCACAAAGUAGAUGUCCUAACCCACUUGCCAAAAUGAUGGUUUCUUAACAAGAAAUUUGUGGAGUGGUUGAAAAUCGAGUUUUAAUGACUCCAACUUAAGUGUAUGUAAACUUCCGACUUCAACUGUACACACACACAAUAGGGUUGGGCGGUAUCCAGAUUGUCAUACCUUCAUACCGACCUUGUGUCAUACCGGGAUAUUUGGUAAUAUUGGCACUGGACACAAGGGGCACUAUUUUCAAACCCCACUAAACCUAAUCCGAAGGUUAGCAAUGCUAACAAGUACAUGUCAAGUCCCAUAGAGAAUGCUAAAUAAAUGCUAAUAAGCACUUUGCGAACAUUUUAUACAGUCUCUGACCUAAACUGUUUUCAGGACAGAUAUCCCAGCUCAUAAAGUUAUAUGCUACUCACUAUUUGCUGCAUGCACAAAACAAACAUUAUAAAGCAAGGCUCUUGAUCCAGGAUGGGAUUUUCUACUGUUACUGGCAAGCAAAUCUUGAUUUUGGAAGAAGCUAACCACUUAGCUAGAUCGCUAACUAGCUACUGCAGAAAAUUUAGCACAUUUUGGACAGGUAACUUAAUAGUUAUAAGAUAUCUAGCUGGCAAACAUUUAGUUGUGAAUUUAAUACUUUAACUAGAUGUGCUGCACAAUAGUGAGUGACUCACAAGGCUUCGGUCACUGUGUGCUUGUAAACAAACACCAAGUGUCUGGGUACUACCAGUAAGCUUCAUAAUUAAUAAUUAUGUAACAGGUGAAAUGAAGAAUGCGACUGUAUUGAAAAACCAUCCCGUGGCUAUUUCCAAAUACCCCGGUAUACGGUAUACUGCCCAAGCCUAACACACACCAACGAGAUGCAUGGAAAAAACAUCACCUAGUUCGAGACAGCCACACGCUCACUAUGGCCUGGAUCUGAAGAAUCGUUGUUAAAUCAUGUAACUGGGAUCAUUGGUCCCCAAGAAGUGGCUGGUAUCAGGGGUUUAUCUUGUCUGCCCUGGAUGUAGACAGGUUUCGGUCACAUAGAACUGGGUUGCCUUUAACGCCAGAAAAAAAUAACAUGUUACCGUCCAUUAAAUGUGAUGCAAUGUGGUGAUUGAUCAUAAAUAUGUCAUAGACUUCCAUGGUUUCAGUCGUAAUUUUAUUUUUUUAAAGCUGUUGUGCUUUGUCAUAUGUUAUAUAUCAUGUUAUUUUAACCCUUUACACUCAUACACGUAUACGGGUUGAAAAUAGCAGAUUUGGGCACUGAUAAACGCCUAAAUUGGAAUGCAGUGGCUGUAAAGUAACAUGCUAGACAUAACGUCGGAGCUCUGGCUCUGUGCUUGACAGCGCUGUAUGGGUUUUGACUGACAGCCAUUCUGAACUUGAGCACCUCCCUCGACAAGAAGUUGCCCCCAUCCCUCGUGCUAAUUGGGCAACCUUUGCACAUUUUUGUUGUCUGAGUGAGGGAAAUUCUGUAAAUGAAGAGGACUCGAUGUAUUUUGAAAGAUGGAUUAUAAUAAAUACAGCUUUGAUGUCAUACAAGCAAGCCAAACACCCAUGAAUCCAAAUGUGCACUUCACAUUUCCAUAGGAUAAAACUCAUGUCAUAUACAGUGUUAACUUUAGGAUCAAUAUGUUUGAUGUACAGUUACAAGAUGUUCUGAACAGAAUAAACCUAUGUUUUGUCUAUUGUGUAGAAAAUGUCGCAGCACACGAACUCAUGAUUCCUUUCGAUGCGCACCAAAAUGACGAUCUGUUUCCCUGAAUUCCAUUGUAAAACCCUAACACUGUAAUGUUGUAUUUUAUAACUUAUCUAGUCAUGUUGGUAAUAGAAUAAGCUUUCAAAUGAUGCCCACCUGACCCAGAUUGCAAUUUAUAAUGAACUGUUUUUGGAUUGCAUUAACAACAACCGUAAUUGUGUGAGGGAGGGGAUGAGGGGUUGCGUUCCAACCUAAACAACUACAAAUGUGCUUGCUUUAGUUCCUGAACGGCACAGCUAGGAGAGCUCACAUAGCACCUUUAUAGUUGAAGACUCUUAUUUGAGAAAUAAAAGUGCAUUGAAAUUACUUAGGAACUGUGCACACUUUGGAGAGGUGUGUAGCCACUCAAACCAUUGUCAUUGUUUUGUCUUAUGUUGCACCUACCCCACAAUUUCCAGGAAUAUUCUUAUGUUACUGAAUGUAUCCAGAGUGUUUUCAGAUUUCGUUCUCAAUGAAUGCAGCUAAAAGUAAAAUGCUCAUAUAAUCGAGUGUAAUGUUUGGUUUCAGUCUUGUGUCAGAUGAACUGUUGUCCUCACCUUGGGUCAACUAAUUUCCCAUAAUCUUCAAACUGUUCCCUUUCACUUGCUACUAUUUUGCUAUGCAUUUCAUAUUUCUUCUGUAAGAAACAUUUAAAUUGAGCCCUAUCCAUCUAGGCCAAUUCCCAUGAGUGUAAAGGGUUAAGUUUUUUUUUUAAGUGUGGGGAUGUAUGGAUCGAUGGAUGAGUGUAUGUGACUGAGACUUAAUGCAGUGUCUCCAUGAUAGCUUUGACCAGUUUCCCUGAAGCUGCCAUAUACUGUACUGUAUCACAACUUACUGUAACACUGACAAAGAAACCGACCUAACAUCUGGACUAACAGAUAGUGGCGGAUCAAGACAACAGCCAUUAUAUUAGCCUUAUGACCAGAUAUUACCUAGUAGUGUAUGUGUUAUGGACAAUGACAUUCUAAGAAUCUCAACCAAGAGUCAAAUGUUUUACAUGUGUUUGAUCCAUUGUCAGACUGUUUUACGUAGUGAAACAGUUAUGUCAGGAAUAAUGCCAUUAUAACAGCAUUAUAAAGGCAGCCUGUGACUGCCACCAUUAAAAAUGUAGUUCUCAACUAAGCUGCCAUUUAAUACUCAAAAUGAGAGUUUGACAUGCUGAAAGAGUAAACAAGUAACAGGACUCAUCCACCUUUAUACUGACUAUAAACUGAGUUUGCAUAAAUGGUCCAGGAUUCAAUCCAAGGCGUGUUCAAGAGCAGCGUAAUGUAACAGAUUUUUAAAGAUACUGCUUGCUUUAUCUGACAUGUACAGUGUUUACCAUGAAUGCGAUCUCUGUAAACAUCAUGGAAAUGCCUUUAAAGGGUGCAUUGUCGACUGUUUAGUCCGCAGCUCUGUAACUCACCUUGGAUUGAAUCCCUACUAUAGUCUUCUGACAUUUCGUUUGGCACAGGGUCCAUCUUUAUUGUGCCAGAAAAACGAUAACCCUACUUUGGGUCCACAAAAUGCUCCACUAAAGCAAAAAUAUAUAUGUAGGCCUUCCUUGUGAAGGAUUAACAUAGAGUAGUUACUUACUUCUGCAAUAUGGGCCAAUGUUUGCCUAAACAGACACACAUUCAAUCAAUUUACUGUUGGCCAAUUAAGACAACAUAUGUGCUAUUCAAUCACUAGUGCUGUACUGCAGAUGAUACAAUAAAGUGUUUAGGUAGGCUUACAGAUGUUUGUUGCAGAAGGAAGAGUAUUGUGUUUCUACACACAUUUAGCAUUUGUUAGAAUCGGAGGUUAUGCUAAUGGUGAAGUGCUGUAUGUAAAUGUGUUUUAAAUUCUCUCUGUCUGCCAAAAACAUGUUUUUUUUAAUGUUCAACUGUGGGUCGUUUCAGGUUGUGGCAACCCUGUCUGUGGCUAAACCCCUAUCGCUUUUUUGGUACAGUUUCAUUCUUCUUUUGCGAACAGAAUAUAAACUGAUAGGAGAUCCUAGCCCAUUAGGGAACUUUACUGCUUCUCAAAUGGCACCCUAUUCCCUAAAUAUAGUGCACUACUUUAGUCAAAAUAAGUGCACUAUAGGGAAUGGGGAUCCAUUUGGGACACAGCCCUUGUUUAAAUGCCCAGUUCAGAACAGCACCAAGAGACACUAAGGGGCGGCAGGGUAGCCUAGUGGUGAGAGCGUUGGACUAGUCAACCGUAAGGUUGCAAGUUCAAACCCCCGAACUGACAAGGUACAAAUCUGUCAUUCUGCCCCUGAACAGGCAGUUAACCCACUGUUCCUAGGCCGUCAUUGAAAAUAAGAAUUUGUUCUUAACUGACUUGCCUAGUUAAAUAAAAUAAAAUAAGAAGGACAUGGACUCCUCCCUCCCUUCCUGCCCAUGUACUUGAUUAUGUCCUCAUAAGUACACUGAACAAAAAUAUAAAUGCAACAUGUAAAGGGUUGUUUUCAUGAGCUGAAAUAAAAGAUCCCCGAAAUGUGCCAUACGCAUAUUUCUCAAAUAUGUUUACAUCCCUGUUAGUGAGCAUUUCUCCUUUGCCAAGAUAAUCCAUCCACCUGACAAUUGUGGCAUAUCAAGAAGAUGAUUAAACAGCAUGGUCAUUACACAGGUGCACCUUGUAAUGGAGACAAUAAAAAUACACUCUUAAAUGUGCAGUUUUGUCACAACACAAUUCCACAGAUGUCUUAAGUUUUGAGGGAGCAUACUAUUGGCAUGCUUACUGCAGGAAUGUCCACCAGAGCUGUUGGCAGAUAAUUUGUUAAUUUCUCUACCACAGGCAAUGUUGUUUUAGAGAAUUUGUCAGUUCAGUAAUGUGAAGGAGAUGUGUCAUGCUACAUGAGGCAAAUGGUGGUCACACCAGAUAUAGACUGAUUUUCUGAUCCAUGUCCCUACCUUUUUUAAAGGUGACCAACAGAUGCAUAUCUGUUUACACAGUAAUGUGAAAUCCAUAGAUUAGGGCCUAAUGAAUUAUUUUCAAUUUACUGAUUUCCUUAUAUGAACUGUAACUCAGUAACAUAAUUUAAAUUGUUGCUUGUUGCAUUUUAUAUAUUUGUUCAGUAUAGGUCCAUCCACUUCAACUUCAUAACACCCCAGAAACUCCUUCAGGGAUAAGACAUCCUUGUGCUUCCAAACUCUGAGCUUUC